CGCGCUAGAACGGAAAGACAAGAAACGCUGAGAGAAGUCCAAGACAAGAAUGGGACUUUGAUGAGUAGCUGGCAAGGACUCCUUGAGAUCCUUUUUAAAGUGUUCUUGCUGGAUUAUAUGUAUGGAAAUUGAAGGUAUCUGCUGAGAGUUUCCGUUGGUAAAGGAGAGACGCCCGCUCGAGAAAACUCGUUUCUGGACUCUGACCUGGUACUACCAGAUAGCCAUGGACCAAGGCGCAAAGGGUGCCGAGGAGAAAAUGGUGAGCAAAGCGUUGGUGGAAUUCAACGCUACCUUGCAGGCGGCCGUGAGAGAGGUCCACAUGGACGUGAGCGCGUUCAAGCAGCGUAUAGAGCAGCGAAUUGUGGAUAUGAGCGCCUUCAGUGCGCCCCUGGCUGAGGCGGUGGGCAGGCUUCAGGAGGAGAACCUGCAGCUCCGCGUCAAGCUCGAGGCCCUCAGCCGCCUGGUUGAGUCCCUCGCUGGUGUGCAAAUUGACAGGAGCUCCCCUUCAACCGUGUCCAAGGAGAAGAGUAAGGAACGGGGUGUGGAAAACGGACUCGUCGACAAACAGUCCAAGACCCAGGAAGGCCAUAGGGUCCAGGUGGGUCUGGGUGCAUCCGGCUCAGCCCAUUCUCCAAUCCUACCUCCAUGGAGAACAAAGGAAACGGAUGGAAGGGAGGCCCAGGCAGAGAAGAGCGUUGCCUCGGUGGAACAACAGAACUGGAAGCAAGAAAGUGGAGUCCAGUCCCACCUGACAGACACAUCAAUCACCAACGUCAACAUGAUGCCAGAUGCAGAUGAACCCCGACCACAUCUUCCGAUCAGUGCCACGACCUCCAGAGCAAAUCCAGAAGUCGGAGCCAAACCCGCUAAGUCCUUGCCUAAAGUCCACGAUCCUUCUGAUCUUCCCCUCACAGCUGUGAGCAGGAGCAACCCUCAAACUUCUGUACCUAAAUCUGUUGAGACCUCAUCUUUACAGGAAUCCCACAACGUAAAACUGGGAGAAUAUCCAUUUCGACACGAUGUUGGAGAGGUCAAAUCACAAUUGUGUCACUUGACCUCAAUCAAAACCUCUGCAGAGUCGCCACCAACUGCGACACCAACAUCCCAAGAACCGACUGUGAAAGCUGGGGAGUACCCCUUUAAGAGAGCACCAGUUUUGAAGGCACUGAGUCCGAGUCUGAAGAGAAGUGUGAGCUUUCCUCAACCAGCAGAAAAGUUGCUUCCCUCCAAAUCAAUCAUAAAACCAGGUUUUUCGCAGGGUUUCGAGAAAAAAGCCUCCUCCCCUGUGGUGGACUUGAAACAAGAUCUGACCAAGUCUAGCACACUUCCUCGUGCUGGUGGAGCUCAGGCCAAGCGGGCCCUCUUCGAGAGGAUGAACUCCGACCCGAUAAAGCCCAAGGAUUCCAAGCCCAAACUGAAGCGCUCCCAGAGCUUUGGUGUUUCCAGCGCCAGUGGCAUAAAACACAUCAUGUUGGAGUGGUGCCGCUCAAAAACCAUCGGCUACCAGAACAUCGACAUCCAGAACUUCUCCUCGAGUUGGAGUGAUGGCAUGGCCUUCUGCGCCCUGAUCCAUUCCUUCUUCCCGCUGGAGUUCGACUACAACACGCUGAACCCAGCCAACCGCAAGCAAAACCUGCAGCUGGCCUUCACUACGGCCGAAACCCAGGCCGACUGUCUCCGUCUGAUCGAGGUCGACGACAUGUUGGAGAUGGGCGACAAACCGGACCCCAUGUGUGUGUUCACCUACGUCCAGUCACUGUACAGCCACCUUAAGACAUUCGAGUAACUAACUCUGCAUCGGAGAAAGACGCACAUUGUCCUGUAACCAGACUUUGGACUGCGGCCCGAGUGUUUUUGUGCUACGAGUGUUCCUGGUGCUGUUGCUGUGUUUACAAAAGGAAUCGUUGGAAGCAGAGCUCCACUAUUUAAUAAUGCAACUGUCACAACUGCGAGUGUGGAUGUGCAAAUACA